AUGACCUGCGUAGAUGUCAUGUAUCAGCCUCUGACUUCUGCCUUCCCGGCAUACCCCAGGGCGACGGCAGCGUGCUCUUCUGACUUCUCCCACGGGCAGAGCCUGUCUAGGAUGCACGAGCCCUUAGAUCUGGGCCCAACAUCGUCCUUAUCAACAUCAUCAUCAUCGUUGUCCUACCCGGUACCUACAAUACUGACACCUUCGUCAUCCGGAUCUGCGGCAUCAAUCGUACUAUCUCCUUCAACAUCUCGGGCAUCGUCAUCCUCUUCUUCAGGUUUAGUAAAAGCCGAUUCCGAAAGAGACUCAGAACCUAAAGGAGCCCAGUACAUAACGGCCAACUGUGUGCUCUUGACCUACUUCAAUGGCGAUACUGCCAGUGUCGUCGACGACCACUUUACUCGAGCCUUGUCUGCUGAUGCCCUCAGAGAAAGCAAGGCGUUGUCACCAAAGGCUCCAACACCCAUGUCCGCCAGGAAUCUCCCACCAUCGUUUUGGAAUAGUUCCUACCAAUACCAACAUCAUCUGCAUCACUUCCUGGGUUCCAACAGCCAGUACCAUCCACAGCAACAUCAUGCGGGCAUUAACAGCGGAAGUGGAGUCAGCAACUCAUCUGGCGCGGAAGGAUUUCACACCACUCAUCCUUACCUGUCACCAGCAUUACAUGGUUUAUCCAGUCUGCAGGGAGACCCAUGGGCCUACAACUUCUCUUCCACGGCGUCCACGAUGUCUUCGUAUCCUCACAGACAUCUACCAUACGAUCUCAGUUACCCAUCUAGUGCUAGACUUAGCCAGAACUACAGUUCCUUUCUCAUGCAGCCCUCGGCAGUUCGCUCGGCUCAGUUCAGUGCCAUGAGCAGUCACUGUGACGUUUCAAAACAACCAGAACAUUCCAGAUCCAGGUUCUCUGACCAUCGAUUGGUGUCGGACUACACACCACAUCACAGCUCCUUCUCCGCAAUAGACGCCGAGGGACUCCAGGGGGCCACCAAAGAUCUCUAUUGGUUCUGA